AUGGGUUCCAAAAAGUGUUUGAAAUUGAUAAAAAUCAUGGAGACGGCGUUUAAGAUUUUGAGCGAGAAAUCUUCACUGGCCGAGAACGCCUCGACGAUCGGGCAGAAGACACGGAUUUUGACAACGAUCGGAAUAUUGAAAUCGUUGACUGCAAAAUUCCAACAAUUUCGAAAACUAGGCGACGGAUUACAAAACCGACGGCGGAGCGAUCGAGUAAAAUGGGAAGAUUUGGAGACGGCGUUCGAGAGUCGAAUUAGAACGGGUGCUGUAAUAAAUCUGCAACACAAGGAUUUGGGUGUGUUUUUGAAAGAUGCCAAACACCUGGUCAUUGCAAGACUCAAGAACAUGCUACGUAAGACGGGAAGUUUGAAAGCCAACUGUGUUUUAUCCUGUGAAUUUAGUGUUACAAAGAACGCUGAAAUUGUGGAAGACAUUAAAUUUUUUAACAACAAAAAUCAAGUUAUCCUCCAACCAACGGACAUACAUGGGUGGUUCGAAGAGAAUGUCAAGCAGAAAGUGAUGGCCAAGGUGAAAGACUUCCAAGAGAAAGACUCUGGCUGGUCUUUGACUGAAAUCAUCAAUUUGACUGUGAAUAUCAACAAGUACGUGCCACUACGAGGAGGUAUGUUUACAUAUACACCACUACCCAAAGAUAUUCAAGAUAAGAAGGCCGUUGUCAACAUCCGUAACAGCGACUCGUAUUGCUUUCUAUGGUCGGUCACCGUAGCCCUCUUUCCAGCCAACAAUAAAAAUCCCAAUGAAGUCAGCUCGUACCCACAUUUCAGCUCAGUGCUACGAUACGAUGGUUUGAAUUUUCCAAUGUCCUUGGAUCAAAUUCCAAAAUUUGAAAAACUGAACGAUCUUUCGAUCAACGUUUAUGGUAUAGAUUGUACUGAGAAGCAAAAGCAUAGUGAAAUUAUACCCCACAAUGUAGAUUGCCUGAACUUAAACAAAACCAAAGUUAUUUUACCGACAGAAGAGGACAAAAUUCUUAAAUUCAAAAAUUUCAAACAUCAAGAAACUGUUCCAUUCUGCAUUUACGCAGAUCUAGAAUGUCUACUGCAACCCACUCUUAAAAGUCUUGGGGAAAACAGAACAAUUUAUCAGAAGCAUACGCCGUACAGUAUAGCCUAUUAUCUACAUUGUGCGUUUAAUGAUUCAAUUUCAAAAUUCGAAAUUAAUCGUGGAGAGACUUGCAUUCAAUGGUUUGUGACUGAGUUAGAGAAAUUGGCACAUUCGUUAGAAACUUAUUUUAAAACUGUUGUACCAAUGGAACCGCUUAAUUUCCAUCGAAUCAACGAAUUGCAUUGGGCAACAGUGUGUCACAUUUGUGAAAAACCGUUUACCCUCGAAGACGUCAAACAUCGUGAUCACUGCCAAUUCACUGGAAAGUAUAGUGGUGCUGCUCAUCGAGGCUGCAACCUGAAUUAUCAAAACUCACAUACAAUUCCUGUGAUAUUCCACAAUCUAUCGGGUUAUGAUUCCCAUUUUCUAAUUGAAGCGUUGGCUACAUCGUUCGAGGGCACAAUCCAGCUUCUACUCGUAACCAAAGAAAAGUACAUUUCUUCUACAAAAUAUGGCAAGGGAACAGAUAUGAAGUUUAGAUUCAUAGAUUCGUUCCGCUUCAUGCCCAGUAGUCUUGAGAAGUUAGCAAUGUAUCUGGGUGAUGAUCAAAAAUCAAUUACACGAAAGUUUUGCCAUAAUUUAGAUAAAUUCCAGUUAUUGACUAGAAAAGAUGUUUUUCCGUAUGAGUAUAUCGAUAAUUGGGGCAAGCUUGAGGACAGACGAUUACCGACCAAACCACAAUUUUAUUCGAAAUUAAACGAUCGGGAUAUAUCAGACGACGACUAUGCACAUGCAUGUGAAGUUUGGCAAACUUUUAACGUUCAAACUUUGGGAAAGUAUUCAGAUUUAUAUCUUCAAACAGCCGUAUUCUUACCAGCUGACGUUUUUCAAAAUUUUCGACAGAAUUGUUGGACAACUUACAAACUGGACCCAUUACAUUACUACACAGCGCCCGGUCUGUCGUUUGAUGCAAUGUUAAAGUGUACCGGCAUGGAGCUCGAGCUUCUCAUUGAUAUAGAUAUGAUUAUGUUUAUAGAAAAAGGUAUCCGAGGUGGUGUGUCGCAGUGUUCGAACAGAUACGCAAAAGCCAACAACAGAUAUAUGGAAGAGGCAUUUGAUCCACAAGUCGAAGAAUCUUAUCUCAUGUACUUCGAUGUUAACAAUUUGUACGGUGCUGCUAUGAGCUUCGCGCUACCAUACAGUUCCUUCGAAUGGGUAUCAGACUUCAGACAGUGCGACGUUCUUACCAUCUCGGACAAUGCGGAGUUCGGUUACGUAUUAGAGGUAGAUUUGGAAUAUCCUGCGGAACUGCAUGAAAUGCAUAAAGAUUUACCACUGUGUCCGGAGCACUACAUACCUUCGAUCUCGAUUACUCAGCAACCGAAGUAUAGAGAUGUCAGGCUGAUCACGACGGGACGGAAGAUACGGUGCUCGAGCUACUAUAGCUAA